AUAUUAGGGGGAUAACAGCCUCAUAGUUUAACUAGGUAGUUAACUCACAAUUAAUUUGUGCACAACCUAACUAUUGCUCAGAUAGGUUACCAGCUCUAUUUAUAUAUCUUUCUUCCUCCUUAAAAGCUGAUUGACUACUCAUUUGCUUCAAUAGUUGGAGUUAUUAGUUAACUAGUUAGUUUUUAGCAGGUAGUUAACGGACCUAUAUAAAGAUCCUGGAAGCCACCAGCCAGCGAAGUAACUUAGCUAGUUACUGUCCUCUGCCCUCCCUAGCAAAGAUCAGUUACUGUGAGGCUCCCAGAUAACUCGAGCGGCUGGUAUUUGGUAAAUACUUGGGCAACUAACCAGCCAACUAACUAGUUAAAUAGCUUUUGCUAACUAACUAAUAAUAUUAUUGAUUUAACCAAGACAGUUCUUAAGUCUUGCAUCCACCCCGCACAGAGCCUGACUAUUAGCUAAGUAGUUAGUUAAUAUCAACCAACUAGUUAAACACAUAAAAAUAACAAUUAUCUGACCUAACUAACUACCUAGGUUUAACCACACCCACCCGCACAUAAACCUCUCGGCAGUGUAAAAGCGGUCAACACGCUGUCAACUUCUCGGACUCAACCAAGAGCAACCAGCCUGGCCAGACGACAGGGCUUCCAAUCUUCUCCUCGCCUCAUCGCAUCUACCGUCUGCUCUGCGCCUUUCGCCGAUAACUAGUUAUUAAAGCUAACGAAUAGUCAACUAACGACACGUCUCAUCCCUUUUACCCGACCACGGCAACGAGCCCUAGCUUAACAGCCUGCUGCCUCCGUUUUCGCUUCCUCCGCGCGUCGUCUACGCUCUACGAACGUCAGGACAAGAUGAUUUGAAUUGACAAGAAGCACCGGGAAUCCUGACCACUCACGCCAGCAACGGCCAGAAACGAACACGGCUCGGGACUCUGGAGUAACAUUAAGCUACUUAUUCGAGCCAGCUUGUUUACUAGAUUGCCUUGACUGAUCGAGCUACCUGUCGUCGAUAUCUAGCCCUCUAUACCACUUGAUAUCCUGGACGCCUUCCCCUUGGAACCACUAAGCUGGCCGCAGUAUACUGUCUGUCCAUGUGGAUCUUUAGAAUAUUCUCGUCAGUCCUUUUUCUUUCCGCCGUGGUUCUCUCCAUACCACUCGCUUUCGAUGUAGGAGGAAGAACCUGCGGUUUAGCCUUCUCCCUCUCCCUCUCCGCGUUUUACUUCUUCCUCUCACUCCUCAAACUUACUACCCCGAGGAGGUCGAUUAUCCGGAAAACUUGCAUCUUUUUCAUUAGCUCUACCCAAUGGCUAAUCGUUCCCGCGUUGUUAAUAUGGUCUCUCAAUCGGUUUUCCGUCGAAUCAAACGGGUCUAGAAGCUGGGUAGAGCGGGCGUUUACAACCCUUAGAGCAAGUAAUAGCUCGGUACGGCAAUGGGUGUUUGGACAAGAUGGCUUGCUGGAGGCUGCUAUCCUUGGCUUCUGGGACAAGCUGCUGGUUUGGUCUAUGCCCGUAUUCCAGUUAGCGGAAGGCUUCUGCAGCCUGCUUGUUAUUCAAGCUUCGGGACAAGUUACUAGAUAUCUAGUGAAUAAGAGUGGGAGGAGCGAUAGCUGGAUGAUUGGAUUACUUGUCUUUUCAGCUUCAAUCAUAUCCAGCUCGCUGUACUUUCUCUGGCGUGUCUUUGGGCUCCCUGGAAUCAGCAACCUCGACUCAACGCUCAUAGGAGUGUCCAUCACUUGUGCCGUCUUCCUUUGCGCGUGGGGCAUAGGUAGUGGGAGAGGCAAUCCUGUUGAGAGUUCUUUAUUGUUUGCAUACGCCGUGCUCUGUCUAUACCAAAUUUUUACCGAUUAUAAGCCUUCCGGAUCAAAGGAAAAGCCAAAUUCUACAGCCCAAUCACUCGAGUUUCCUCCAUUGCCGCCUAUCAUUAUGGCAUCCUAUACGACUCUGAUGCAUACCAUUUCGGCUUUGCCUUCGAUUAUCCAUACGUUCUUUAGUGUGGUAACGGCAGCCUUCAGCGCGAUAACCCCAUCUGUGCUGAUCUCGCUCAUCUACCGUCUUUUCGUCCUCUAUGCAUCAACCCGGAUUAUACCUGUUGUACGAGAGUCAGGUGCUCGCGCAUUGUCUCAGGAAGCAUCUCUGGAAGAUGCGGAUGGUGCAGGCAAAUUUCUCGGGCUCUUAAGCUGGUUUUCGCCUUCAAUCCUUAUAGCGGUAUACACCAGUCUGCUUUUACAGCACUUUACAUCGAUGUCGCGAAUGGCAGACGAGGAUUUAGAGUGGUGGAAGAUACAGCCACUAGGAAGCGGGAAUACAUGGAGAUGGGUAAAUCUAGCAUGCACAAUGGCAUUAUACGCAGUUGAGUUAUGGCUUGGAAGACAAAAUGAUAUUGAUGAAGGAUUAACAAAUCACUGGAAAAAUGAUUAAUAUAUAAAAAAGAAUUUAAAAAUAAUAAAU